AUGUCCAGUUCGGAGUUUAUCUGCCGGUAUGCGGCCGGUGAAUGGAACCUUGUUGCCAUUCCUGUGUUUCCUUCCAGGGCAUUCCGUCAUUGUAACAUUGUGGUCAACUCGAACAUCAUAUCAAAGCCAUCCGAUCUCAACGGGAAAAAGAUAGGUGUUCAGGCCUACACUAUGACAGUUGCUGUCUGGAUCAGAGGCAUACUGCAAGAUGUUGGUGUCGAUCUAUCCACAAUUACUUGGAUCGAAGGAGACCUAGUCAAGCCUGGCUCUCACGGAAAAGCGAAGCCAAAGCCACUCCUCCGUCCGGUUUCCCGAAUGCCGAAUGAAAGUCUAAAGUCGCUCAGUCAACUCCUCCAAGAUGGCGAAAUUGCAGCCACUGUUGGUGCACAUGCUCCGACGUGUUUUGGAGACGCAACUCACAUUCAACGUUUAUUCCCUAACGUCCGUGAGACCGAGAAGGAAUACUAUCAGAGAACCGAAGUAUCUCCUAUUAUGCAUCUCGUUGUCAUCAAAAGAGACGUUGUGAAAAAGCACCCAAUCGUCCCACAAAGUCUAUACCAAGCAAUGAAUCAGUCUAGAUACAUGGCCCUAGAUUCGAUGAAUUCGUUGUCUACUUACAGAUAUAUGUUGCCGUUUCUCACGUCUGAUUUAGACGAGAUCAACGAGUCAUUUGGUGGUGACCCUUGGCCUUACGGGAUUGAGUCUAAUCGUACGCCGCUGGAAGCACUAGUGAACUUACUCUUUGAAAAAGCUAUGAAUUCUCGCAGAGUUGCGGUUGAAGAAAUAUCUAUUUCUGUGAAUGGGCGAUGGAUAUACAGACUUGGUAGUGGAAGCUUGCUUCAAUUGAGCGAUAAUCUCUAUCUUUGCUAA